AUGGAAACCCAUCCAUCAUCAGCCAAGACAGUAACCAUAGAAAAGCACAAGGAUGGCUCAAUAAAUUAUAGUGUGCUCAAGGGUGAACAGACACGAGAAUAUACAGUUUAUGCGUCGUAUCGACCUUUUAAUAUAUUCGAUCUGAUAUGUCUCAUAACUACAGCAUAUCUUAUUUGGGCAGUUUACUAUAAACAUGCAGGCUUAUUAUUCCUUGGUUGGUUUUUAAUGAAGCGAAGGCAAGUGAGACGAGAAAGCAUUAUGGCGAUAAGGGAUCUUGGUGUACAAAUAAAAACAGUAUAUUGGGAUGGAUCAGCAGUGACACGAUUUAUUGACAUAUUAAAAAUUGAGGAUAUUAUAAUACAUGAAGGGAUAAGCUUUUGGCAGAUCAAGUCAUAUAUUGCCAUCAUUGUCAAAGAUGAGGAUAAAAUGGUUAUCGUAUACGAGAAUCUAUUACCAAAACUAGACCCAAUCUUACUUGAAACAUAUCGAGGAAUACGCUCGAUUAUAUUCCCAUUUGAAAAGGAUUUAUUUGCAAAAUAAUCAUAAUUAGGUAUACAUACAUAUAUUCAUUAUAAAUAUAUGUAUGUUAAGAAUAUCCAACCGAUAAAUCGUUCAGUGCAACACAUACAGCUGCUUUAUGAUGUCCAUUAUACUGUCGAAUGAUCUCUCCAUUUUGCAAUUCCCAUAGCCUGGCAACGUGAUCCGAUGAAGCUAUGGAGUGUUAUAUAUAUAUACAUUCUCGUUUUAUGUACAUUAUCUAUAAUACCUGUGACAAGAUACGCUGAAUCAGCUGAAAAGGCACAAUCCCAUACCCAUCUUUGAUGACCUUGUAAAGUUAAAUAAAGUUCAAAAUUCUUUUCCGUAUUCCAAAUCUUGGCUGUAUUAUCGGCUGAACAUGUAGCUAAUAGUCUUUAUCUUUUAUUAGUGUUGUCUUUUAAAUAUUAGAUGACUUAC